AUGUCGUACGUGUUUCUGUCGGCCAAAGUAUUAAAGCAACUACGAACAACGACUGCUGAUGUCAGACCUUCAAGACCCAUCGCCCACGAGCGCUCGGACGGGGGCGCUCUCGAGGUGGUGGCGGCCGCCGUGGCCACGCUGGAAGACGAUCCGCUCACCAAUGCGGGGUUUGGCAACCUGACGUCUUGCGGUUGCGUCGAGUGCGACGCCUCGGUUAUGGACGGUCGUACUCUGGGAUUCGGUGCCGCGGGCGCACUGCCGCGCGCCGGCAACCGGUACUCGUGGCCGAGGCACUGUGCCCCGCGCAGCAUGACGGCCCGUUGUCGCUGGACCGCACGCCGCCCUGCUUCCUGGUCGGCGCUACGUCAAGCUGAAACGCCGGCUCGACCGCUGCUCGGCAGAGAAUACCUUGGCGCGCAAGAGCCCCCUGGUCCCCACGACGCUGAAGCGCGAGGCCGACGACGAGCCGUGGCCGGCAGACACGAAAGUCGUAGCCCCGUGUUCAGUUCAGACAGUAGCAAUCCGUCGCAGUUGGACACGGUGGGUGCCGUCUGCAUGGAUCGGCAGGGUAACGUGGCAGCCGCCGUGUCCAGCGGUGGCAUCUGGCUCAAGCACACCAGCCGCGUCGGCCAGGCGGCCGUCUACGGGUGCGGCUGUUGGGCCGAGAACGCGCCGGAAGGCGGCUGUGCGGUGGCAGUCUCGAGUUCAGGUUGCGGCGAGCACUACAUUCGCACCGCUCUGGUGCGCCAGUGCGCGCAGACGCUCGGGCGCUCCACUGACGAUGGGUCCGUCGUAGCGCUUGACGCUUGUUUAAGGCAGAGUUUUCUGCAGUCGCCAUUCUUCAGGGACACCACCGACCGAUUGGCUGGAAUCCUCGCCCUUCGCUGGGACCAUCAGUGUGGCAGUGGUGAUUCGCUGUAA